CUCUCUCCCGUUGUCGCCUCCCAACUUUCUAACUAUUAUUAUAUAUUUAUUCACUUUCCUUCCGUUUCUUUGGGUUUCAGAGGGAAAAAAAUGGAGAAAGAGGAGAAAACCAAUAUCAAUAUCGAUGAAACCCUAACUGAAACAAUGAAAGAUGAAUGUCUGGAACAACAUCAACAACGAAAAGGUGAAGCGGAAGGGGAAAGGGAAGCAACCAAUGAUCUUCCUUCUGAGGAAUUCUUCGAUGAGUUCCAAUGUUGCAUUUGCCUGGAACUACUUUACAAGCCUGUUGUAUUAGCCUGUGGGCAUAUGUCAUGCUUCUGGUGUGUCUACAAUGCAAUGAAUCAUGUUCAUGAGUCCCAUUGCCCCAUUUGUCGGUGCCCAUACAAUCAUUUCCCUAGUGUCUGUCAGAUGCUGCAUUUUUUGCUCCUGAAGCUGUAUCCUGUAGCUUAUAAUAGAAGGGAAAGGCAAGUGAGAGAAGAAGAGAAGAGAGCUGGCCACUUCUCACUUCAGUUUGAUCAAAAUUUAGUUGAACCAAAUCUUUGUGAGAAUUCAGAUAUUCUGAGGAAUAACAACACUUGUGCUCAUCUCCAAAUGGACGGGCAUUCAGAAAGUUGUUCAAAUGUUUUGGAAUCAUCAUCAUUCAGAGAUUCACCUAAAACAACCAUGGAGGAUGAAAAUGGUAUAAUGAGUAAUUCAGAGAGUCUUGAAGUUGAUGCAGUUGCUCUGAACCAAGGAAAGACCUCGCUAAGCAAUGAUUCUGAACAUAGAGAUGAAAAGGUGGUUUCUGUUGCUGAUUUACUCUGUGCUGCAUGCAAUAGGUUGCUCUUUCGACCAGUUGUUCUCAAUUGUGGCCAUGUAUAUUGUGAAACUUGUUUUGUUAUUCCAAAGGAUGAAAUGCUCAGGUGUCAAGUUUGUAAAAGCUUGCAACCAAAUGGGUUUCCGGGUGUUUGUUUGAUUCUACACCAUUUCUUGGCAAAGCAGUUUCCUGAGGAAUAUUCAGAAAGACUCAAAGAACCCAACUGUACACAAGCUCCACAAUGUGCAAACCAGCUGACAUCAAUAUCUAGUGAUGUAUACUCAUCAUGGUUUUUCGGCAAUGGGCCAAAAGUUCAUGUUGCAGUGGGCUGUGAUUAUUGUGGGAUGUCACCAAUAAUUGGGGAGAGAUACAAAUGCAAAGACUGUGUGGAGAAAAUAGGUUUUGACCUAUGUGAAUCAUGCUACAAAUCUCCAGCCACAAUCCCGGGCCGAUUUAAUCAGCAGCAUAAACCAGAUCAUCAAUUUAAAAUUGUACAGCCGUUAAGCAUACGGGACCUUAUGCUAAGACUGAACUCUGAACAAUCUGAUGAUGAUGAUGAUGGUGGCUCAGAUGCUUCGGAACAUAUGGAUGGUGCUUCUCAUACUCCUGGUAUGCAAGCGGAUGAAAGCAAUGGUGUUUCUCAAGAGCCUGAAGAUAUUUCGCCUUUGAUAUUUUCAGUUGAUGUCUCCUUGGAUCAAGAGGAUAACUCUGAGGAUCCAAGUGAUAAUAUUUCAUCAGGUUUGACUUAAAACUGUAUACAAUUGUGAAGUUUUUCAAUCUAUAUUUCACAAUCGUAAUAAAUUAUUGCCUUCUUUUGAGAUAAA